AUGGCUGAGCUGAAGAGGUCAGUGACAUCCUACAGAAGAUCAGGCUCUUCAGGAACGGUAUGGAAUAACAAGUCUGUGUCUGAUGAGUUUAUUAGAGACACUAAUCAUCAACCAAAUGCUAAUCAUGGAGGCGAUGAUGAACAUCAAAAAGUGGUGGAACCCAGAAAUCUAAGGCAUUCCAGAAGCGUUGGAGCCACCGCGGAUUUGGUUGGCCGGAGCCAAUCCACCGGAGAAACCAUAUACUACCGGAAGGUCAAGGUUGCGCCACCGUCCAGGGAUCCUCCUUCUCCUAAGCUAUCAACCUGCGGAUUCUUUUGCUUCCCUGUAGUUACUACCCAGCAUGUAGAGUUCAUAUAUAUAAAGGAGUCUCAUUUACCCUCUGAACUUGCACUCCUUGAUCUUCUGGAUCUCUUUCUUCCUCAUAUAUAUCGUCAGUUUGUGGCUCUGCAUCAGAAUUAUGGAAGUUGCAGAAAUGGGAGUUCCUUGCAGCCCAAAACAGUGAGUGAGAUGUUCUUGCUGCGAUUUUGGACUGAAGGGAGCUCCUACUUCUUCAACUUCGAUCUGUCAGCUGAUCAGAGAUUUCAAGUUUUUGAAGAAGAACAUAUAUGUUAUCUGUAA